AGCCGCUUUGCUGGCUCAGUCUGGCAAAGCCGCGUUGGGCAACAGGCGGCCUGCAGGCGGCAUGCAGGCUGGAUUUGGCCUGAAGAUCUCGCCCAGCGCAGUCCUCAAGAACUUGCUGCAGCACUACCCCAGCGGCGGCCAAUUCAUCUUCGAGGCCCUGCAGAAUGCGGAGGAUACGGAUCGGGCGACUUAUUUCGGUGCACUCCUGGACCUCACCACGCAUCCGGCGACACAGAUCCGACCGGGUGUGUGGCGAAAGCGUCUUCAAGGCCCUGCCAUUGUCUUCUACGACAACGGCGGCUUUCAAGACAGAGACUGGCAAAGCUUGCAGCGGAUCUACGACAGCGUGAAGAAGCAUUGCCCCAGCGAAGUGGGCAAGUACGGCAUGGGCUCCAGGAGCUUUUUUCACAUCGGGGACAUCAUCCAGAUCGUGUCGGGCAGCAAGUAUGCCAUCCUUGAUCCAGACGAACGACUCUCCAGCGAUGGCCAGUACGGAGAGAUGCUGGACUUUCUGGACGACGACUUCGACGGCCUGUCCUUCCACGACGCCUUCCCCGACGAGACGCGGCCAUUCGAAGACCUCUUCGGGUGUACCAUGCAGGAGCCUCUGGCGGGGACCAUCAUCCGGGUGCCUCUGAGGGCGCAGCAGUGGGCCGCGGAGUCGAGUUUCAUGCCCUCGGCCUUCACACCGCAGCGGGCCAGGAAGAUUUUUCAGGACUUUCAGAAGGCUUUGGGCGGCCCCAUGCCGCUCUUCCUGUCCCGCGUGGCCCAUCUCGAGCUCUUCCUCCGCGAAGCGCCGCGAUCGCUGGCGCGCCUGGCGAGCCUCGAGCUGACGCGCGGGGGGGAAGUGGCGAAAGGAAGGCCCUGCGCGGAGCUGGUGAAGGUGAAGGAGUUCUUGAAAAAGUUCGAGACCGCUGAGCAGCUUCAGGAACAGCUAUUGCAAGGAAGGCGAUCGCCUGAAGUGAUGGAGGUGGUGCAGAUGGAGCAGGGUGGAAGCACGAAGUCUUCCAGCCGCUGGCUGCGCUUCGGCCGCUUCUUCAACCUGGAGGUGCUCAAUGCGCUGCCGGAGGAGGUGCCCUUUGUGUGCCUGGCUCUGCCGCUGGACGCGCCUUGCGAUGGCCUGGUCUUUUCCCACUUACCGCUCUCCGUGAAGACAGGACUGCCGGUGCAUGUGCACGCGGGCUUCGCGCUGCAAGACAACCGCCGCGGCAUUUGGCGGCACGCGGAGGACCUGGACGGCAACCACCGGACCUGGGUCGACUGGAAUGAGCACAUCAUCGGGGAGGUGGUUCCCCAAGUGUACGCUGACGCCUUGACGCACCUGGCGGAAAGCUCGCUGGCGGACGCCUUCAGCUUGUGGCCUCGCCUGGAGGCGGAGAAGGACUUUCAGGUGGUGAACGAGCAGCUGGUGGCCUUGCUUCGCAGCCGCCCCGUGCUGCGCAGCGCGCACUUCUCCACCCCCACGGCGCCAGAGGACGCGGAGGUGCUCCUGACCCCCACGGGGCCCUUGAAGCAGCUCAGGGCCGAGCUGCACAGCCUCUGCGAGAGAGCUGGCAGGAGGAAGGUGGUAGAUCCACCGGAGCACGUGGUCAAGCUGCUGAUGCACUAUGAAGCCAUCAGCACCUUUGACUGCCUCGACGCAAUGCACGACGUACUCACCAGGUACGGCUCCUUGUCUAGCUACUUUGCCAAGGACCUUCCGCAGGCGCUCCUGCUUCGGAUCUUGCUCGCGGUGCUGCACUGGGCUGGCAAGACCUUCAACCACGACCAGCUGCAGGAGCUGGCUGGGCUGGUGCAGGGUGUGGCCUGGCUGCCCACCACCUCCGGGCACGUGACGAUCGAGCAGGCCUUCGAUCCGAAGGCCGACCUUCCAGCUUUGCACGUAGUUCGCCAAGGUCGGCCGGAGAUCCCUUCGGAGGCCAUGAAGCCCUUUGGAAACGAAGCUGGGUUCAUUUGGCAAGCCUUACGGUCCUGCGGCCUGAAGCAGCAGAUCACUUGGGAGGACGCGGUGGAAGAAGCGAAGCUCAUUGAGAGGGAGAGCAAUCAGCGGCUUUCUGAGCUUCUCUUCGCCCACCUCGAGAAGGCGCACCAAACGAUGGGCGCGGCGCCCUCCAGCGCUCUGGCGGCGCUGAGGCAGCGGAAGUGGGUCUUGGCCCGGCGCCCCGUGGAGGCGCAGCAUGCGCAGCACGCGGAGCCGGAGGCCCAGGCGGCGAGGAUGCUCCACUCGCUCUCGGAGCUCUUCCCGGCUUCCCAGUUCCACUUGGUUUGGGCCGUCGCCCCCACCGUCCACCCGGACCUGGGGACCGCGGCACUGUUGGUGCCCGGCAAGUCAGUGGGGAAGGCACCGGAGAUCUUGGUGUCGCAAUUGGACGCCUGCGCCCGGGCAGCGCCGUAUCUUUCUUCCAAAGGGCUGUCGCAUCCCCGUCUUGCCUUGGGGCGUUGCCUGAAGUCCAUCCUUGCGGUCUUUGAGGAAAUCUUCCGCAGCCACCGCGCCAAAGCGACCCAGCUGCUGCGCUGCCUCUCCGUGGCCUACCUGCCCUGCCUCGCCGACAGCGCCGGCAGCGCCGGCGCCGCCGGCACGGGCGCCGCGCUCUUCGAGCCGCGCAGCACGGCCCUGCGGUCCGCGCAGUCCCACGUGGCCCUGAGCCCGGCACUGGGGAUUCUCUACAACCAGGAGUCCGUGCGAGGCAUUGGCGUGGCAAUGGGCGUGCCUGAGUGGCCCGCAGUGGAGGUCCUCAAGGAGGCCAUCCCGAGCUUCCGGCCACAGGCGGUGGCGUUGUGCGCAGAGCUCGCCGCCGGCUUGGAGCGGCUCAAGCCCAAGGAGCGGCCCGCGGCGCGGAAGGGCUUGAAGGUGCCAACCAAUUCCGGGAAGUUGUUGCGCGUGGAGGACGUGUACAUCAACGACGCGCCCUGGUCCAAGGGCAAGGUGGAAACCCUGGACGAGAAGAUCUCGAGCAAAGACGCGAGGCUUUUGGGUUGCACAUCGGUCCGCGACCAGCUGGCCAAGCAGUGUGAGGACGCGAAUGACGAGGACGCCUUCGGACAGGAGGCAGACUUGGUUGAUCAGAUUGCCCUGCUGCUGAAGGACUAUAGCGGCCGGAGCGACGUGGUGGCCGAGUUCGUUCAAAACACCGACGACUUUGGUGCUUCGGAGCUGAAGUUCGUUCUGUCGAAGGAACGGCAUGUGAAGGACCGGGUGGUGGACAAGCGCUGCGAAAACCUGCAGGGGCCUGCGCUGUACAUCUGCUCCAACAAACCUCUCGGGGAGGAGGACAUUUUGCGGAUGCAGAAGGUCGGUGGCUCCGCCAAGCAAUUCGAGUUCGCCUCGACUGGGCGCUUUGGUGUGGGCCUGAACGUCAUGUACAGGUACAGUGAAUGCCCGCAGCUCUGCGCCAACGGCCGGCUCCACUUCUUCGACGUGUCUCGGAGCUUCGUAGCGCGUGAGGGCCAGCGGCGGGGCAAGCAGUACGACCUCCGCCAGCUGCAAGAGAACUUUCCAGACAGCCUCGCGCCAUUCGAGGCAUUUCGCAAGAAGUAUCCGGUGGUGUUCCGCCUUCCCCUCCGGACGCAGCGAUCCAAGCUGGGUGAAGCGGUGACGCCGGAGGAGGUGCAAAGGGACCUGCAGCAGGUGGCGGAAGAGGCGAGCUCAAUGCUCUUGUUCGCCAAGUGGCUUCGUAGCAUCCGCCUGGAGACCUCCGGCGCCGGCACCGGCUUGAUCUGCCAGCAUACGGUAUCCAUGGACCAAGCGCAGGAGAAGGCACACCAGGAGUUCUUCAACUCCUUACCCACCACGGUGCAACAGGUGUCGAAGCUUCAGAAGGACAUGACCGUGUGCGUGUGGAAGCGCAUCGCUUCAAGCCUUGCCACAAAGCAGAGCACUGUGCGUGCUUGGGUUGUCGUGUACAACCUGGCCUUGUCGUCGGAGCCGCUGCGGACGCUGUGUCGGAGCCUCUUCGACAAGGCGCUGGGUGGUGCGCUGCUUCCCUUGGCCGCCGCUGCGGCGCCUGAGGACCUCAGCGGCGACGGCCGGGUCUGCUGUGGCCUUCCUACGCCUAUGGCGAGUGGAGCCACUUCUUGGAUUAGCGGCACCUUCAUCUUGUCUUCCUCCAGAAAGGUGAUACCGUUGACCGCCGGAGCAGACAGCCCUGACCACAUUGCCUGGAACCUGGAGAUGCUGAAAGGCCCCGCAGCACAGAGCCUGAAGACGGUAAUGCUGGAAUGCCGAUCCAAGGUGAAGCGAGCUCAGGAUGUGGACAAGUUCUUCCACCUGCUGUCGCUGGGCAAGAGCAAAGGCGUAUUGGAAAGCACGCUGGCAAAGGCGACCUUCUCAGCCGCGCUGAGUGAUGCCAUAUUCCCGGUGGUGUCAUCUGGCGGCAGAUCUGGCGCCAGUGUGGAGUGGGUGAAGGGGCCUUCCCCACUGCUGCGCACAGCAUGUUUGCCAGAGGACGUGCAAGAUGCCUUGGCCUUUGAUGGCUUGGAGCUGGCGACCUUGCCCCCCGUACCCAGGGAGAUUUACGAAGCGUGCCUCAACGAUCCGGCCAGAGAGUUGACGGCUCAGGAGCUGUGCGAGUUCUUGGCCUCGUCUUGGGCCGCGAUCCGCGCCAAGAUCUUCCAGAGCGUGGAGCUCAGGGAGGCUGGAAUGGUAGUCUUGUCCAAAGACACCUGGGUGACGAGCCUCCUGAAGUUUGCCAUGAUCUCGGACUGGCAUUGCCGGCUGCAGAAUCGUGCGGUCUAUCCUGUGCACGCCUGCGAGCACUUGGAGGGAGUGCCUCUUCUUCGCACGGCGGACGGGAAGUUGUGCGCCUUCGGCAGCAGCAACCUCAGGUUCAAUACGGACCAGCAGCUCUUGCCCACGCACAAAAGCCUUUUCCUCCACAAGGACACCAUGGAGGCCCUGCAGUGCAUCGACCUGACCAAAGCGAAAAUUCCUGUGCGAGUGGAAGCGCCCGGAGUCCGCGGACUCGAGCUGGAUGACCUGGUGCCGUACCGGAAGGAGCUGGAAGCCAUGGCCGUGCUCCAGCCGGACGUGGGCAAGAACGGGCGCCUGAAGCACCUGUGGUGCUUCAUUGCGAAGCAGGGAAAAAUCCCGACGCAGCCGCUCAGAAUCCCGACGCAGUUGAAGGGGUGGAAGCUACUUCCGGUCCAUGGCACAGGAGAAGAAGCUCUGGUCGUGUCGUUGGACUUCGUGUGGCAGACGGUGGCCGAGGCAGAUGCCAAGAUCCGAACGGCUUUGCUUGAGGCUGGAGUCUACUUGCUACAAAGCAAUGUGGGCGCGCCCGCAUGGCGCUUGCUUUCCGCGCAGGUCGCUAGCGAAGCUGAGCAUGUGGUCCGGCUGCUGGUGGGGCUCAGCGAGAACGACGGCCUGUCUCACCUCUCCGCCAAGUCCCGGCACAGUUUGCUGGCCUCCUUCUUCCCUCUUACAGUGCAGAGCCAGUGCUUGAACGAAAUUCGACGCCUGCCAUUCUUCAAGAAGGCCCAGGACGGCUUUACCAGCCUGUCAGAGACGCGGUACUGUUGCCUGGAUCCCGGGCACUCGCGCGCCGGAGCGCUGGAGAGACUGCGGCCCGCGAGCGCUGUGCUUUUGGCAUGGCCCACGGGGGAGCUGAAGCCGAUUUAUGAACACCUGGACGUGCGCCUCUGCAACGGGGAGAUGUUCAUGCUGGAGUUCAUCCUGCCGUGCUUACCCCAGGCCUGCCUUCGAGGCGCUUCGGCCAAGCCGUAUCUGGACCAGCUGCAGGACUUUGUGAUUGUCGACAAGUCCUUGAACGUCACGGCGGCUGCCAGAGAACUCGCCUUCGUACCGUGCAGGGCCGGACUGGUGCAUAGGCCAGAGGAGCUGCUUGACCCGGAGCUGGAAGUGACCCAACGCUUCGCGGCGUGCUUGGGCAACUUCAUGCCCGUGGAGUGGAUGAAUCUAUACUGCGCCCUUCUGAAGCGCCUGGGUUUGCAGAGCACGGUUCCACCAGCGGUCCUGCUGAAAUGUGCAAAGCACCUGGACUCUCACAAGGAGCGCUCGGUGUCCGAGGGCAUUCCGGAGAUGUCCUUCUGCUUGGUGGAAGCCUGGGCUCAUGCUUGGCUUUUGCACGCCGGCGCUAGCGUCCCGGCUCUCAAGGAAGUAGCCGAGCAUCACAUCUUUGUGACCAUGAGCUGGACACAAGAGCAAGUCAAGGAGGAGGUGAAGCGUAUGGCGUCCCAGCGCAAGGGCGACGGAAAGGAGGGGGCUCUGAGGCUGCGGCCGCUCCGAAACACCGCCUUCGGCAAGGCUGGAAGUCUGGUGUGGAGCUUGCGCCCGGUGGCGCACCAGGCGGCGAAGGCGUCGACGCAGCUGGAACUGCUGCUGGAGCACCACAAGUCUGAACUCGGAAAGCUGGGCGCUCUGGUGGAUGGCCAGGUUCCUUUCGAUCUGCUGUUGGCACACGUGCGCAACCUCUGCUCCUUUCUGCAGCCAGAGAAAGAGGAGCUGGCAGUCGAGAAGCAGAGUCUUUUCUACAAGCAGCUCAAGACCUGCCUCCAAGCCGCCUCGCGGGCUUUCAGCGCCGCUUCCGAUGUCGCCGGCAUGGGGCGGGUGCGCUGCGUCCCGGUGAAGGUGGCGGAUGCAGCAGACAAGCCGCAGCAAGAGAUGGUGUUCCUCGCAACUCCCAGGCGGAGCUUCUUUGAGGGGGACGCUUUCCAUGCCAAAGACUUCCAUGGCCACCUGCGAGCCGUGGAUGUGCCUGACAACUUCAAAGCAGAGUUCCUGGCGGCGCUGGGGGUGCGCCAUGCGCCGGAGGCCCAAGACCUUGCGGAGGUCACCGCUCGCGUGGCGCAGGAGGUUGCGAGCCUAAACGACUGCGUGGUCCAGCACCAGGUCUGGGUGCUCCAGGUGUGUCUGAAGGGUGCGUACGAGCUGAGCCAGAAAAAAGCGGAGCAGCUCGCGAACUUUCAUAUGCUGGACAGCGAGGGCAAGGUGGCGCCAGUUUCGGAGCUCGUGUGGCUGGACGUCGAGUCCUGGCGUGACCGGCUCAGCAGCGAGGAGCUCCGCUUCUGCGAUGACGAGCCAGCAGGCCAUAUUCUCGAGUUCCUGUCGCAGUUGGCUGGUCUGACCCGCGUCUCCGAUCUCGUCAAGGAGAUGACCAACGCUGAGCGACAACCAGUGCGGAAGGACAGCGUGCAGGACUCCAUACGAAAGAUGAUGUUGCACCCUGCCUUCGCAGAGGCCGCGGAGGUCCUCCUCCGCGAGAAGUGGCCGGUGAGCUGCCUGGAGCCCCAGCUGGCCGCGCAGAGCUUCGUCGCCGCGCCGGAGCUCGAGACGACGCUCUGGCGAGGAGACCGCCAGGUGGAAGGCUCUCAGAAGAAGAAGUGCGUCUUCUUUGGGGCGGGGGUCUGGAUGAUCAGCGAUGCCGCCUUCAACAACCAGGAGCAGGCCGUCGAGGAGUUGCUGGAGGCCUUCUGGCGGCUUCUCUUCCCCGCAUCACCCAGAGAGAUGAAGAAGCUGGAGCUGGACGCUCGCCUACGCGAGCUUUUCAAGCUGGCUUUCACCCAGGGCCCCGCCGGCAUUCCCGAGCUCUUGCGGCUGAAGAAUGUCGACAGCUCAUUGGUGCGGAGCAAGUUCUUCAUGGUCGGGGAUGAUGUUCCUCAAUCCCUCUUCGACCAAUUGGUCUACAACAUGCGGGUCAUCUUCGAGGUUGGUGAGUACAUUGUGGCAGAGGUGGAGGAUAGGAAGGUGGUCGGGGUGGUGCAGGCUUGGGAUCUCAGUGACGCCAGGGCCGGCCUGGCGCGGCAGUACAAGGUGCAGGUUUCUGCGGAUGGCCCGUGUCACAUCCUUUGCCACACGCAGCUCUACAAAAUUGCAGGAUCCAACAUUGCGCCGGCCUUGCCCUUGCCAGCGUAUCAGCUGGUGGCGUUCACAAACCCAUCGGAGGCGCAAGAGACGCUGGGAGCAGUCGAGCCGAAUCAGCGGGAGCAGCUGGAGGAGGUGAAGGGGCUCCUCAGGGAGAUGGCCGAACUGCAGGAGGCAGACUACAAAAGGGCGCUGAAAAGGCUCUACCUGCAAUGGCACCCGGACAAAUCAGGCAACACACCCUUCAACAACAUGAUUUUUCGGAUGAUCCGUCGGCACUGCGACUGGUAUCUCGCUGGAAAGCGUGGCAGCGAUGGCUGGCUCGACGAGUACACGAUGAGUGACUCUGGCAGCCGUGAACCCGAACGCGCGCAAAGGGAGCCGCAAGAGCCACAGGAGCCACAGGCCCAAGACUUCCCGCGGGCGGCGCGUUUCCCAUCGCAGCAGGAGUCCUGGUUCGAGGAGUUCGAGCGGGAGCGUCAUGCCGCCUCGCGCCCCAAAAGCACGCGAGGAGGCGGACUUGGCCGCGCGCCCAGCGUUAUCCGCGUGGACUUUGUUCCGCAGACUGCCGCAUGGACGCCGCCAAGGACUGUGGAUGAGGAGGAAGCCGAGAUUUGGUUGCUGCAGGCAGAGUUCGAUUUCAAGGCCAUGAAGAAGUUGGCCUGUCCGGAGGGAGACGCCUUACCGGCGCACGCGGUCUGGAUGGCUUGCCAAGUGGUGGAGAAGGCGCUGAAGUCCGCGAUGCUGCGAACCUGCGGUGUGGCACAGGAGGAGUUCACUGGCAAGGACUCCCAUGACCUCCCCGCCCUCUACAAGCGCCUGAGGGCGGCAAGUGCGGAGACAGAGCCACAGAUGCAGGCGCAGCAGCAGUUGCCCGGCACACAGCAGGACAUGGCCUGGCUCAAGGAGGCCUACCUGGCCGCGAGGUAUCCCAAUGCCUGCGGCAAAAGGGCCGUGCCGGCCCUCGCAUACAGCGAGGCGGACGCGGCCCGCGCGGAAGCUCUGGCGCGGGCCUACGUGGCCUGGGCCAAGGGCCUGGAAGAUUUGCCCGAGCCGGGCGCGAAGCGCUGCAGGACCGCGGAAGCCUGGCAGGAGGUGGAGAUUUCGCCGGCCGCCCCGCCCGCCGCGGGCCCCCAGGCCGACGUUCCAAAUGCGAGCCCCGACGCCACGCCCAAGCGCCGGCGCCUGGGGCACUCGCCGCCGCUGACGCCGCACGCCGGGCCCCUGCCGUCCGCGCCGAAGCCGCCCCCCUUGGCCACCAGACGCCUGCAGCAGAUCGAGACCGAUGCCAAGCCGCUGACAGAAGGAUGAGGAGCCCCAAGCUUCCCACACGUUUGCUGCGCAGUUCAGCGCAUGUUUAAUCCGCAUUUGAGGCGCUUUGGCCUCUUGACUUUUAAUGCUAGCUCGCACUGGCGAGACAGAGCCAGUGCGAGCUAUCAGACCACGACCCAGUGUGGCUUUUCAAUACUAUAGCUACCUGUGCACCGACUUACUUGGAACCUGCCUGACAGGCUUGAUCACCGGCCGGGGGGGCACGCAUUGCUUUGCCUGUGGCGAGGUCGUUGCAAAGGUGCUGGCGAGCUCGCCAUGAUGGUCCCUUACUAUCCCUCGCUUGAGAAAGCCAAUUCUGCUUUCACUUGCAGCGAAUGAGGGAACGACCCCCACAGAC